CCCUGCACCAGGGUCGCCCCUCCUUCCGCAGGUGACGAGGCCGCGCCCGCCGCUCCUCAAGGACACCGAGCUCAGAGCGGGCAGGCGGGAGAGGCUGGUCCAGUGAGUCGUGACGGCGCAGUCCCGACGUAACCCGCUGAACUGCAGUCGUCGGCUGGAGGACCAGGCUCGGAGUCAUUUAGGGGCGUGGAAGGACAAAAAUGGAAGCUCAAGGGCAAACCGCUGCGGCUGGGUCAACGCGGGUUAGCGCAAAAUACCCUCACAGGACCCGACCCGCCCCCAGCCCGACGGUAAGGAACGCGGGGAGCUGGCGACCCGCCGUGCACUGUAAGGUCCUGGGGUUGGGGCAACCUCCUGCCGGGCAAGGAACCGACCUUUGAGCCUGGAAAGCACAGAACAGCCACCAGCGGCCAUUGACACGCGCCGCACUCUGCAGCCACUGGUCCCGGGAGCGCAGGGGCGGGAUCGCGGACGCUAGGAACAAAUCAGGACAGGCGUCGUCACAUGACCGACCGUGACCAAUGGGGGAUCGCGGCGAGAGCGGCGGGGAAAUUCAAAUGUGUGUACGGAGAGGCGUUCCGGGUCCAUUUUUCUCCUAGGCUUUGAGGUUGGUUUCGUCCUGCGGACUUCCCGAAGCACAGCUACGACCCGAGUGCAGGUCCUCCUUGGCGGCCGGGUUGGUGAAAGCUGGGGCGAGGCGGGGCGCUCACAGUUGAGUGGACGCCCGAGGAAGCGGUUGAGGAGGAGGAGGGUGGUACCGGAGCGUUUGUUAAGGAAGCCAGAGGCCAGUUGCAACUUAGAAAUGGAGGGUGAGGAUUUAAGUGGCAGAGAAUUGACAAUUGAUUCCAUAAUGAACAAAGUGAGAGAUAUUAAAAAUAAAUUUAAAAAUGAAGAUCUUACUGAUGAGCUAAGCUUGAGUAAAGUCUCCGCUGAUACGACAGAUAACUCAGGAAUUGUUAAUCAGAUUAUGAUGAUGGCGAAUAACCCAGAGGACUGGUUGAAUUUCUUACUCAAACUAGAGAAAAACAGUGUCCCCCUAAAUGAUGCUCUUUUAAAUAAAUUGAUUGGUCGUUACAGUCAAGCAAUUGAAGCACUUCCUCCAGAUAAAUAUGGCCAAAAUGAGAGUUUUGCCCAUAUUCAAGUGAGAUUUGCUGAAUUAAAAGCUAUUCAAGAGCCAGAUGAUGCACGUGACUACUUUCAAAUGGCCAGAGCAAACUGCAAGAAAUUUGCUUUUGUACAUAUAUCUUUCGCACAAUUUGAACUGUCUCAAGGUAAUUUCAAAAAAAGCAAACAGCUUCUCCAUAAAGCUGUAGAUUGUGGAGCAGUACCACUAGAAAUGCUGGAAAUUGCCUUGCAUAAUUUAAGCCUCCAAAAAAAGCAGCUGCUUUCAGAGGAGGAAAAGAAAAGUUUAUCAGCAUCUACAGGAUUGACUUCCCAAGAAUCAUUCUCCAGUUCACUUGGACCUUUACAGAAUAGAAGCAUCAGUUGUGAUUCCAGAGGGCCGGCCACUAAAACCAGGUUUUUGUAUGGAGACAGUAUUCCCCCACAAGAUGCAGAAGUAGGUCAUCGAAAUCCCUUGAAACAAACUAACAAAACUAAACGGUCUUGCCCAUUUGGAAGAGUCCCAGUAAACCUUCUAAAUAGCCCAGUUUAUCAAGUGAAGACAGAUGGAUCAGUUAUGCCAAGUUUUGCAAAAAGGCAGAUCUCUGGAUCAGAAUGUCGAGAUGUGAUUAUGCCCACAUCUAAACCAAAUGGAAAUAAUUCUUGUGAAGUGAGAAAUUUAAAGUCUGUUCAGAAUAUCCAUUCGAAGGAAUCUCUGGUAUCAGAUGAAAAGAGUUUUGAACUUAAUACCGAUUCAGUAACUCUGAAGAAUAAAGCUGAAUCAAAUCUUCUAACUAAAUUAGAAGAAACCAAGGAGCCUCAAGAACCAAAGGUUCCAGAAAGUACCCAGAAACAAUGGCAAUCUAAGAGAAAGUCAGAAUGUGUGAACCAGAAUCCUGCUGUACUUUCAAAUCAGUGGCAUAUUGCAGACAUAACCCCAAAGGUUGAUACAGAGCAGAAGCAUACCACUGUCAAACAACCUGUCUUUUCAGUUUCAAAGCAGUCGCCACCCUUAUCAGUGCCUAAAUGGAUUGAUCCAAAAUCUGUUUGUCAGACACCAAGUAACAAUACCUUGGAUGAUUACAUGAGCUGUUUUAGAACUCCAGUUGUCAAGAAUGACUUUCCCUCAGCCUGUCCAUCAUCAACCCCUUACAGCCGAUUUGCCUGUUUCCAGCAGCAACAGCAGCAAGUUCCUGUUACUCCUCUCCAGAACCUCCAGAUUGCAGGAUCCUCAAAUGAAUGCAUUUCAGUUAAAGGAAGAAUUUAUUCCAUAUUAAAGCAGAUAGGCAGUGGAGGUUCAAGUAAGGUAUUUCAGGUCUUGAAUGAGAAGAAACAGAUAUAUGCUAUAAAAUAUGUGAACUUAGAAGAAGCAGAUAACCAAACUGUUGAAAGUUAUCGGAAUGAAAUAGCUUAUUUGAAUAAACUACAACAACACAGUGAUAAGAUCAUCCGACUUUAUGAUCAUGAAAUCACAGAUCAGUAUAUCUACAUGGUAAUGGAAUGUGGAAAUAUAGACCUUAAUAGUUGGCUUAAGAAGAAAAAGUCCAUCAAUCCAUGGGAACGCAAGAGUUACUGGAAAAAUAUGUUGGAGGCAGUACACACUAUACAUCAACAUGGCAUUGUUCAUAGUGAUUUGAAGCCUGCUAACUUCCUAAUAGUUGAUGGAAUGCUAAAGCUAAUUGAUUUUGGGAUUGCAAACCAAAUGCAACCAGAUACAACAAGCAUCGUCAAAGAUUCUCAGGUUGGUACAGUUAAUUACAUGCCACCAGAAGCAAUCAAAGAUAUGUCUUCCUCAAGAGAAAAUGGGAAAUCCAAGUCCAAGAUAAGCCCCAAAAGUGAUGUUUGGUCCUUAGGAUGCAUUUUGUACUAUAUGACUUAUGGGAAAACACCAUUUCAGCACAUAAUUAAUCAGAUUUCUAAGUUACAUGCUAUAAUUGACCCUAAUCAUGAAAUUGAAUUUCCUGAUAUUCCAGAGAAAGAUCUUCAAGAUGUACUAAAGUGUUGCUUAAUCAGGGACCCUAAACAGAGGAUAUCUAUUCCUGAGCUCCUGGCACAUCCAUAUGUUCAAAUUCAGACUCAUCCAGGUAACCAAAUGGCUAAGGGAACCACUGAUGAAAUGAAACAUGUUUUGGGCCAACUGGUUGGUCUGAAUUCUCCCAACUCCAUUUUAAAAGUUGCUAAAACUUUAUAUGCGCGCUAUAGUAGUGAUGAAAGUCAGGAUUCUUCAUCCUCCAAGACUUUUGAAAAAAAAUGGGAAAAAAAAUGAUACACAGGUACUCAUACACUGUCGAAUAACACUAUAAAAUAUAUGGGACUGUUACACUCUUGAUUCUCUGUGGAAAUCUAUUCCUGAAAACAACUUCCUUUGAAAUGUUACCAGCAAAAAAUGAAGUAAUUACCCUCAAAAGAAAACUGUAAAAAUAACAACUACUAAUGGCACUGUAUAUAUUAAAUUGUAAAAUUGUUUUC